AUGACAUCUUUUCAUCGACCGGUUUUCGAUUCAUUUGUUAUAAGUAAGCUCACAGCACCAAAUAUAUUUUCAAAAAUAAAUCUACAAAUUUUCAGAAUCUGAAGAAUCGAAUGAGCCCAAAGUGAAAAAUGAUCCAUUUAUUAUUCGUCCCAAAUCUUCAACAGCGGUUAGUUUUCAGAAAUUACUAUCAGUUUUGAAUUUGAAUUUUUAAUUUCAGUUCACACCAACUGCAACACCACCGCCAGUUACUCAAAAUGCAUGGACAGCGGAAUCGGCUAUUCCAAAUGUGGUUGUAGAAAAGUUGGUUUUUCAAGGGGGCUUCAGAAGACUUAAGGGAGCUUCGAAGUUCUUAUUGAUCUUUAACCCUUUUCAGCAAAAAAAGAUUGAGCACUUCACACAGUCGUCUGAACACACUCGAAUUUCAAUCGCAAACUUUUUCGCCACCAAAUUUUAUAGAUGAUAGUGAUCGACGAAGACCAACAACGUCUUGGGGACCAGGAAGGUACGGAUUACUGUAGAGCAUAUAAAAAAUUAUUUUUUAUGUGAUGAGGUUUUUUAUCGAAAAAAAAUCACGAAACCAAAAUGUCGGCUACCGUAUUCAGUUGUUCGUUGCAAGAUAUCGGCUAUGCGAGAAUUUGUGUACCUUUAAUUAAUAAUCUUUGGACGAAAAUAGGUAUUAAAGGCACACACAUUCCCUCAAAUCUGAUAUCUUUGCGUAUUUCUCUCGAAGAAUUCGCCUCCUCUCCCUAACUUUUCCAUAUUACAGAGAACCAAAAAAAGCGGCUGGAGAUGUAUCAUUAACCGGACCACAAUUACUUCCAUUUCUUAUCAAAGCAUCACUUCGUUUACCUCAAACAAAAUCGAAAGGAGUUCAACUUCGACUUGAAGAAUUGAAUAAGAAAAUUGGUGAUUUAUCCGAACCUUGUAUCAAAAAAUUGAAUUUUGUUGUUGAUGGUGAGUUCAAAAUCAUUGUAUCCCAUUCAACUUGUCAUAAUUUGCAGCUCUGGAUCGUGGUGCUUAUGAUGAAGCGUAUCAAGAUUUUCUAGCCAUGCAAACCAGUUUUCCACGUGAAAUUCAAGGUGUUUGGGUUAGUGGUUUGCGAUUGUUGACGCACGAAUUGAUGGUUCAACAGAAAAUUUCGCGUGUUGGAUCGGCUGGCGGACAUGUUCGAUCACAAUAA